AUGAAAUUCCCUUCAGAAGUUCUUAUAGCUGUUUUGCCUUCAAAGCAUAUGUUUGAAAUAAACAAGGAAAAUAAUGAUAUCAAAGUUUCUGGUGUUGAAGGUAAACUCCUGGAUAUUUUAUCAUCGGCUUUGAAAUUCAAUUACCAGUUGUUCAGUCCUCGAGUGAGAGAUUGGGGACGCCUGCAGAACGGAAACUGGACUGGAUUGGUAGGUAUGGUGCACAGAAAAGAAGUUGAUCUUGCUUUAAGUACACUUACAAUAUCCGAAGACAGAAUGGAAGCUAUUGAUUUCACCUCACCCUAUACUAUCCAGGAUGUAACUUUUAUUGUCUCAAAACCAGGAGUUUUAGACAACGUAAAUGAUAUCUUCCAGCCAUUUGAUUUAUAUACUUGGAUAUGUACUUUUUUGUCUGUUAUUAUAUAUUCCGGAUUGUUUUAUUUUUUAUUAAGUGCGAAAUAUCCAUAUUCUCGAUUACUUUUGGAAUUAUUUGGUUCUACAAUCAGAUUACCAACUUUCAUAAACCUUAACUCUCAAUUAGUUAGAAUCUUGUUUUCUUUGUGGUUGAUUUUCACUGUGGUUAUAUCUUUUGGUUAUUCUUCCACGCUCCUUUCUUUUAUGACUUUGCCUUUGCAUCAACAACCAAUACGAACGUUUCGAGAGUUGUCCGAAGCAGUUAGGAGUGGAUCCUACAAGUGUAUGGCUGAAAUAGGAUCAACAAUACCAAAGUCUCUUAGUCUUGAUCCAAUGGAUCAUUUCGUAUACUUAGGAAAUGCCGUUGAAACCAAUAAGUGGUUUUUCAACAUAUCUGACCUGGCAAAAGGAAAAGUUAAACUUAGAAACACAGCAAUAUUGAAUGUUCGUUUCAAGCUAGAGAUGAUCAAUGGUUUGGUAGCUUCAUAUAAUCCAAUGGAAAUUUCAAAUGAUGUCUUUGCUUCUUGGAAAUUAGCCAUCGGUGUUCGAAAAGGUUUCUGCUGUACAAGAAAAUUAAAUAAGGUUAUAUCUAGAAUUUGGAACUCUGGAUUGUUUGAAAAACUUAAAAGUGAUGAAUGGUUUUAUAUGUCAUCGUUGGUAUCAAAGCAUACAGUUGAAACGAAAGAGAAUGAACAAUUAACUAUUAGUGACAUUUAUAGUUCAUUGGUUAUUCUUUGCUUUGGUUAUUCUGUAUCGUGCUGUGUUUGCGUUGGAGAAAUUGGCUAUUUCUAUUUAAAAUUAUCGUUUUUAACUAGAAAUCAAGGAUCUGAAUCAAAACGUAAGUGUUACUAA